UUGACAUUGACGUUCGAUUCAAUGGUGAAGAGAGUAGAAAGUUAGUGGAGGUAAAGAUUGACAAGGACCGUCGGGAGAAAUUCCCUUUAUACUUUGAUGGUGAAACAGUAGCUGGAAGAGUGACCAUUAGACCUCGAGACAACAAAAGACUUGAACAUCAAGGCAUUAAAAUCGAAUUUGUUGGAAACAUCGAGCUAUUUUAUGAUCGUGGUAACCAUUAUGAAUUUACAGCACUUGUUCAAGAAUUGGCUGUACCCGGUGUGAUGCAGCAACCACAAUAUUUUGACUUUGAAUUCAAAAAUGUUGAAAAACCAUAUGAAAACACCGCAACUUGGUCUCUUACUCUUAAUAAAGAACGACAGCAUUAUGCGGAUCUUCGCCAAAAGUAUAUUACAAGUCCAGCUACUGAUAACGAAAGUGAUAGUAACGCGACUGAUUUAAGCAUUAAUAAUCCAUUGUCUUUGGACCAAGCUGUAUGUGAUCGAAUCAAAUAUUUUAUUGAAUGGAAGCAAAAUGAAUAUUUUCGUUCCACAUCUGCUCAAAAUCGACUACUCGAUAUUCUUUUCAUUUAUUGUAAAAUGAAUACCGAUGUGUCAUAUCGUCAAGGAAUGCACGAACUUUUGGCUCCAAUAUUAUGGGUUGUUGAUAAUGAAAGUUUGUCCAGUGCAAAUGGAUACACAAUGGUGAAUGUUGAAGACGCUACAAUUAGACAAGCAUUGAGUGCAGAUUAUGUAGAACAUGAUACUUUUGCACUCUUUUCCUCGUUAAUGAAAUCUGCUAAAGUUUAUUACGAAUAUAAUGAUGAAGUGUUCAAUCGUAGACCUGCUAAGAUUCCUGUCCAACGAGAACCCAAUCGUAUUGAAGGUUUGGUACCUGAUGGAUUUGUUCAUGUGACUAAAAAUAGCGCCGUGAUACUCAAUAAAGCUAUUUUGUCGGCGGUAGGAGAAGUAAAAAAAAAUGUUCUUCGUCGCCCUGAAGGUCAAUAUGAUCAUAAAAAACGCCAAAGUACGUCUGAUUUUCCCCAAAGAUAUGCACAUUCUUAUCAACAUACAGUACAUGAAACAGAAUCUCAUCAAAAUUCAGAAGAUAUCUUAAAACUUAAGGAACAAAAUCGACAAAUGGGAAUCGUAGUGCAAAGAAGUAUUAAUAUUCUUGAACAAGAAAUAUUGGUAAAAACAAAGUCUAAGGAAGAAGUUAAUGCAGUGGAUGCCGAUAAGAUUGAAAAGAAUUCAGAUGGAACGACAUCUCGCUCUUCAUUCGAAUAUAUCGCGGGUAACAACAACGAAGAAUCUAGCAUACCAACUUCAAAUGAGAUUUCGAUUCUUAACGUUUUACACGGACUUAAGCACGUUAGGGAUGUACUUAACGGGUCGGUUAAAGAAUUCAAUCCCCACAUUCUAGAUUUAACAAAUAACAAUGCAGAAGAUCAUGAUCAUUGGGAAGUCGUUGAUGAUGGUGUCAGUGUGGUGAGCAUGGCCGGGACGGAAGAUGAAACUGCAUCUGUAACUAAAGAGGUUCAAAUAAAGCAAGAAAAGAUUGUACCUACUGUAAACGCAUCCAAAGCAUCAAUCUCAGAAUCUACUCUUAAGAAAGAUGUUGAAACACCUCAAUCAUCAUCACCACCACUUUCUUCAUUUUCAUCACUGCUCACAGACGAAACAUCGUCACAAUCUACAUCAUUACAACAAUCAAAUCCGUUAGCUGAUCAAAUUAAAAUAUCUAAUUCAGUUGACGAAAAACCGAGUUUAAUAUCAACUACGCAGUCUCGAUCAUCACCUAGAGGAGUAAAACCAACAUCAAUUUCAUUACCUAAAUCAAAGGUCAAAUUGAAUGAUGCAGACAAGCGUAGUGUUGGUACACCAAAAUCUUCCAUUACAUCUAAUUCAAAAUAUAGUUGGAUUCUUGAAGGUUGCACAGAAGAUGACGAUAAUUCAUUAUUUAACCCAAAAAGAAGUAGUAACGUAGGUAUUAGUGGAUUAUCCAGCUAUUCUUCCGAACGUGUGAACUAUGGAUACCUGGAUAGAUCAAUAGAGGACGAGGACCAAUUUAACAAAUCAAACUUAACACCAAGGCGUUCAAAAAAUACUGAACGUAAUAGAAGUGAAAGUAUAGGAUCAGUAUCUUCAACGAAUAAUUUGAAAAAAGCUAAUAACAAUGUAACACCUGAGAUUCCCGUUGAAGAUCCUUUAGGUGUUUUAUAA